AUGACUUUCUUCGGAAAAGCAAUGUUGGUCGUGUUGAUGGUGAUGAUGGCUGCUUCGGGAUCCGCCAUGGCUACUGUUUAUCAAGUUGGUGAUCUUGCAGGGUGGACAUUCAACUACAAUUACAAUGAAUGGGCCUUUUUCAAGCAAUUUCAAGCUGGUGAUACCCUAGUUUUCAACUACGAUCCACAAUUGCACAACGUGAUGCAAGUUGACAUCAACGACUACAACUCAUGCACUAGUAAUCCAAUUGCCACAUUCAACUCUGGUAGUGAUUCAAUCACCCUUGACACUCCUGAUGGAGACUACUUCUUCUUGUGUGGUAUUCCUGGUCAUUGUGCAUCUGGACUCAAAAUACACAUCAAAAGUUAG